AUGUUUGAGCCAACAAUUAUUAAUAUAGAUUACUCAAGUAUUGAAAAUGAAAAAGAUGCAUUUGAUGAUGAUGAAAAACUAACUAAUGAAGAACAAAUUAUGCUAAAUAAUUCUAGUAAUACUAUUGACUUGCUAAAUGAA